UAAUAUGGCGGCUGUUGUGGCGUAUUGAUUCCAUGGUCCUCAGUGACCGCCCGUCGCAUUUUACAGUAAUUCCCUCAAGCGGAUUCGUUUAUUUUACUCGCUUAUUUAUAUUUCCACAGAAGAGUGAAAAUAUAACUCAUGUGCAUUAUUUUAUAUUUUGAUUAGGGUCUGUUUUGCGAAUCUUCCCAGUAAAAACAAUUUCUCAUAUUUAUGGCAGUUGGUGGACAGCAAAAUAAACUGACGUCAUCUCCAGGCGCUUUCUCAUACUUCGUUCAAAACGUUUGGCGGUAAGCGGUGUAGAACAACUUGGUGCACAUUUUACAGAAGAAUCUAGAACUGGAUCAUCUAAUAAGGUGGUGUGAAGCAAUGUCUCCCUUCAAGUUUGUCAUUAAGUGUGGGAACUUUGCUGUGCUGGUGGAUCUACAUGUUUUGCCCCUGGGGAGCCCCGAGUCCACCAGCUGGUUUACCACAGACCAAGUUGAGGAGGUUGCAUCCCUUGUUCGCGACCCAGUGGACCAGAGGAUUAAGCAAUAUGAAGAGGUUCUGCAUGUUAGAAGACGAGCUAAACAGAAGAAGGAGUUGGUCCCUGCUUCGGCCUUCUUUGUGAGAGGGGGAAACUUCAACCUUGUGGCAAAUUUCCUGAGGCGGCACUCCUAUCUCAGAUGUGUUGUCGAGCAGGAUUUGCGUUUGUUUCCUGAGCGAUAUGUCGUGUGUGUGAGCUGCCCAGAAGAUGCCUCGGUGCACCAUGGAAACCCGAGCCUGGCCGCGACUGAGCUGAGUGAGCAAACCAGAUCAGAAUAUUUUUCCAGUGUGGGAGAAACCCGAGAGCUUUUACACAGCCCGAGAAAAACAAAGAAGUCUGUGCUUCAAACGAUAGCCAAACAAGCCUGUGUCCAUCAAGAGAUCUGUGGUUCCACGACUGAGAUGCAGCCGAUGGAGCGGAGUGGCUUUCCCAAAAAACAGGGACUUGAAGGUAAAGCUGAGGAGGCAGAAUUGAGGCCAGAGACCGUGCCCAGGUCUGAACUGAACGCAAACGCACCCCUGGAGGCAAACCACAAGGUGCCUUGCAGCGAUGCCUUAAUUGAACUUGAGGCUGAGGUACGGUCUUCUCAAAGGCAGAAACACGAGGCAGAGAGUGAAAUAACACAGAAGACCAGCAAGAGGUGCGAGCCCAGGGAAGAUCCUGGCUCGCAGCUGGCCAAGAAAACGUGCCUUGGAAGCUGUUCAGCCCCAGCGCAAAUCCACUCCACCUCGCAAACACCCAACCAUAACCUCCCUCUGCUGCUGCCACUUCCUCCAGUCGGGGCGAUGGCAAACUCCAAGGCUUUCCCUGUCUCCGAGUGCAAGAAAACCACACUGGAAGUAGAGCUGCUUACUCCAGGGAAACAGGCCCAGAGGCUCCUCCUCGCAAGCAAUAACACAGCAAAGACAAACCAAAACAGGCCAGCCGCAAGUCUGAGGGGCCUAUCUGUCAAGCCCGCAUCUUCGGGCUCCUCUAUUGGUUCCAGAUCCACGUUUGGAGAGGAGGGGAGUGAAAACGUGCCCAGAACCUCGAGAUUACGACGAACGAAGAGGUCCUGAGAGGGAGAGGAAAGCUGAAGUAAAGAUCCCUGACGCCACGGAGAUACAGAUUUUAUUCUGUUGGGCUGCAAGCUUGCAGCUCAUGUGGUCUCUUUAGUCGGCUUUACUUGUUAUUCUUAACAUGUUGUUCUUGUGACUCGCAUCAAAUGCUAACUGCUUUGUGUCAGUUCAGACUUGAGUGUUAUAGUUUUCUCUUGACAAAUACCCAAAACAGGCCAGUGCCUCUCCCAUUUUUAGUAGCGGCGAUCCAGAGAUUUCUGCAAAUGGAAGUAGAAAACCUUUAUUAGAGAAUAGAUUUUGGUUUUAUGUUAAAGAUCAGGGAUUUGAGACAGGCAGGAGCCGUGCAGUACGUCAUGGCUUUCAGUCUGAAGCGCUGGCUCCUACGCGUCUGAAAAGUGUCCAGUAUCCCCGCUGAAGCUCUGAUGUGAUUGAUGGCAGUUUCCAGACUUAUUUCAUCGCCUCAUUCUUAUUUUGGUUUGACUUCAGUCACUUACAUUUAACCUCCUGAGCAACUGAAGGCGGUACAUUGUAAAAGUAUUCACACCCCUUGAGCUUUUUCACAUUUUUUUAUGACGUGUUUUGUUGGGAUUUUAUAUGAUAGACCAACAUAAAGUAAGACUGUGAAGUUACAGGAUAGCAGUAUUUUUUUUUUCCUUUUUGCAAAAACAAUAAAAAAAAUCUGAAAAGUUUGUUGCCCUUUUGUAUUUGGACCCCUUUGUUCUCUAAAUGAAACUCGGUGCAACCGCCUUCAGAAGUUCUCAAAGUAGCAAAAAGUUACCUGUGUGUAACUCAGGCUCAGUGACACAAAGGUAACUGAGCCUGCUCAGUCAGAUUAAGUGGAAAGCAUCUGUGAUGUCAGAUCUCAACAUUUAGGUCUAGACUUUGACUGGUCCAUUCUAAUGCAUAGAUCUGUUUUGAUUGAAGCCGUUCUAAAUCUCCUCCUAGAUGCUUAGCUGGUUGUCCUUUACUCUGGUCUCAAGUUUUUUUGCAGCCUCCAUCAGGUUUUUCUGAUGAGUGAACUGCAACCUACCAAGUCUUGGUAGGUUUUCAUUUCCAAAACUGCAAAAUUUUGAAAGCACCGAUUUAUCGGCACAAAUUUCCUUAAUUUUGGAAUUUCGGUUAUCGACCAGUACAUGCAUGAGACGACAAUCUUAUCCCCUGAUCUGAUCUACCUCAGCAAAGGUCUAAAAAAAUCAACCACUGCUUUCCCGUGAGAGAGGUUUGACUGAUAGACUUUCCUGCUAUCUUUAGCAGACACAAAUGAUACUUGCUAAAAUCAAAAUCGGCAGGUCAGGCUUUUUAAAGAUUGAUUAUCAUCGGUGCAGCUUUACUUAGGAUAUUUUAUAACCUAAAACCUGCUGUAAACGUCUCCCUGACCUGGCUGCCGGGCUCCUUGGUCUUCAUGAUGCUGGUUGCUCUCUAACAAACUUCUGAGCCCUUCACAGAACAGCUGGAUUUAUAUUGAAGUUAUACUACACACAGCUGUACUUAAUUAGGUGACUUACACUCCACUUAAUUCAGGGGUAUUCGAGUUCAUGGGGACCUUUUUCAAACUUGCAGAUUUUUAGUCAUUAAUGAAUCAUCCUUUUCCUUUUUUUCCCCCAUAAUUAUGCUCCACUUUCCCUUGGUCUAUCCCAGGGGUCAGCAAAUUUACAACCUUCUAAAACAGCCAUGUCUGUUUUAGAUCCAGCUAAACAAAAUUUGCUUAAAGCUGCAUAAGAUUCAGCAUUAAACAAAUUUUCUUGUUAAAUUAAAUAAAACAUGAAAAAAAAAGAAAAAAAUCCCUACACUACUGCAUGAAAACAGCAUUUUUAAUCAAAAUUAGUAAGAGCCACAUGUGACUCUAGAGCUGCAGGUUGCCUAUCCCUGAUCUAUCCUGUGACAUAUGUAAAUGGUUUAACUUAGCACUGUGACAAAGGUAUAAAGGUUCAACAAGUUGGAAUACAUUUGCAAUAACUUUGUAAAUGUAAAACCAUUUGAGGGAUACAGAGUGGCUUUUAUUCUGGAUUCAAGCCAAAUAUGAAAGACUACUUGGGCAUAAGCGGUGAUUCAGUCUUUCUAUUUUACCCUUUUUUUCUUUUUCAUGUGAAUAACUGAUUUGAUUUUUAUUAUUUUCCAUUUUCUUUCACACACACAGAACAGAUUGGGACAGCUUUACGGAGUUGCUGGAGCCAGAUUAGGUUGGCCCAGGCCCCCUAAUGUUCCAGGGUCAUCCUCGGGAAGUGUUGCUAAUCCCUGGUCUCAGUUUUAAUCCUGUCAAACAUAUUCCCAAGAGAUUCUCCUUAAACUCUGAUCCCUGCCCUUCUGUAAGGUUUGUAAAGAAAAGCCCAGACCAACAAGGGAAAACAUUGUGAGCGGAUCAUGGGGUGUGAAGGUAUUUUUGACCCGAUGCGAGGACGGCCAGCCAGCCGCAACACAAUUAGCAGUAAACAUAUUUGGACAGGAACCUCGUUGGGAGCCUAUGAAGUGUCUCCAGCUCCCGUUCCCACGCCAGCUACAUGAGAACGCGCUCAUAAUGCGCUCUGACAUGUUCUGGCCCCAGAUGCGUCACAGACACAGACUCUGAACUCGAUUUCUCCAGAACAAAGACGACUUUAAUUCUCUUUUCAUACAAAAUAUUAAAUAAAUAUGACUUUUCAAAAAAUAUAUUGCCAGAUCAACACAUAACUCUCAAGUUUAUAACACAAAACAAGUCAGAAAGGACAAAAUGUUGCCAAGAUCUUAAAGGGUUAACAAAUGAGAUCUUUAAAGAGCCUCGUCUUUUUUUUUGUUUGUUUUUUGAAAUGUGCAGAGAAACAAAGCGAACUCUAGCAGAGGAAGGCAGUGUUUGCAUCAGUGUUUCCAUUGCCCCCCUGCUGUUCAAGUAUUAUGCUGACUAAAGCAGAUGGGAAUUCGACAGCCAUUGAAAUACGUGAGUGGGUGAAAAACUGAAACUGCUGAAGAAUUUUUGUUCCCUUACGAGUGAAUUAAUAUCCAAUAGUGGCAAGCAAUAUGUCUGCCACCAUGUCCAACCCUCGUAGCCGAAGGAGAUCUUUUUGUCGUCCUAACCUCACUUGGUUUCAAUUAAGGUCCUGGCAACAAAUAAUGAAAUGUCAAAUGUAUCUGAAAAAAAACACAAAAAAAAAAGAGUGGAGUUUUCAGGCGUGUAACGUUCCCGUCUCUUGUCUUCUAAAAUUUGAAAUUUGCCUCUUUUU